CCCAGAACUUGCAUGAGCUGUCCCUCUUGCAGGAACACACGUCCACGCCACGAACUGCAUGCAACGCAGCAACCGUCUGGUCAGGGCGGAGCCUGGAGGACACCAUCCCCACAUUUGAACACCUCUGAACAACGGGUGGAUCAGUUGCAUUCUGAGGAGGCGACCAGACUCGGUGCGCUGCGAUGGGGGGUGGAGAGAAGGUGCUGAUGUCUCCCGCGCUGAUUGGCUUCGCUCUUUGCCUCCUUCUGAGCUGCCAAUGCGCCUUCGCUGUCAAAUCAGAGGAGUUCCGCAAGUGCCAUGAGGCGUCCUUCUGCCGGCGCAAUAGGGCCAAGGAGCCGGGUGCGAGCACAUUUGCUCUGGGGGGCAAAUUGCAGCAGGCAGCUGGGGGGGGGCUCUCAGGGACUGUGAUCAACAAAGACUUCCCGGGGGUAGAAUUGCCCCUGGAGAUCUCCGCGUAUGGGGAUGGAAUUGUGAGGGUUAAAGUGACGGAGGUUCCUGAGAAGAAGCGCUUUGAGGUGCCAGAUGUUUUGGAUGAAGGUUUGGAUUCUAAGAAGAGUCCAAUUGUGUCUGCGCGCUCGAGCAAGGACACCUGGCUGACUCUGGGGGGGAACAAGCUCCGCAUCUUGCAUGAUCCUUUCCGCAUUGAUGCGUUUGUUGAUGGAAGACCGAUCCUUUCCAUCAACGGCCGGGGGCUGUUCAAUUUUGAGCACUAUCGGGAGAAACCAGCAAACAUCAGCGAGGAGGAGUCCGGAACGUGGGAGGAGAUCUUCAAGUCGCACACAGACUCAAAACCAAAGGGGCCGGCAAGCGUUGCAUUUGAUGCUGCUUUCAUCAACGCAGAGCAGCUCUAUGGGAUUCCUGAGCGAGCCACUCGCUUGCCUCUGAAGCCGACCAAGGGCCUGGAGGGAGCAGAAUCCGAACCGUACCGCUUGUUCAAUCUGGACGUGUUUGAGUACGUGCACGAGUCGCCCUUUGGACUCUAUGGCGCAGUCCCAAUGAUGAUGGCUCAUGGCGCGCAGGGCACCGCAGGGCUGUUCUUCCUCAACGCCGCGGAGAUGUUCAUCGACGUGCUGGCAAAGGCCGAGCAUAUGAUCCCAGGGUUGGAAGACAAGAGCAGGAUCGACACGCACUGGAUCGCCGAGAGUGGCAUCUUUGACGUGUUCCUCCUCCUAGGCCCCACCCCCAAGAACGUCGUCCAGCAGUAUACGACAGUCACAGGAAAGCCGGUGAUGCCACAGCUGUUUUCGAUCGCAUACCACCAGUGUAGGUGGAAUUACAAAGAUGAGGCUGAUGUCAACGCGGUUGAUGCCGGGUUUGACGAGCACGACAUCCCCUACGAUGUGCUGUGGCUGGACAUUGAGCACACGGAUCACAAGAAGUACUUUACUUGGGACCAUUCGCUGUUUCCGCACCCCAAGGAGAUGCAGAACCGCAUCGCUGCCAAGGGCAGGAAGAUGGUUACGAUCGUAGACCCCCACAUCAAGCGAGAUUCCGGCUACUACAUCCAUGAGGAGGCAACAGCCAAAGGGUACUAUGUCAAGAACAAGGACGGCAACGACUUUGAGGGUUGGUGCUGGCCAGGCUCCAGUUCUUAUUUGGACAUGCUGAGCCCGGAGGUGCGCGACUGGUGGGCCGAGCAGUACUUGCUGGACAAAUACAAGGAGUCGACGCUCACGCUCUACUCCUGGAACGACAUGAACGAGCCCAGCGUCUUCAACGGGCCCGAGUUAACCAUGCCCCGCGACAACCUGCACUACGACGGCGUCGAGCACCGCGACCUGCACAACCUGAACGGCCUCCUCUUCCACAAGGCCUCUGUCGAAGGGCUUCUCAAGCGGGGCAAGAACAACGACCGCCCGUUCGUCCUUUCGCGCGCGUUCUUCGCAGGCACGCAGCGCAUCGGCGCAAUUUGGACGGGCGACAACACCGCCGAGUGGACGCACCUCCAGGUGUCGGUGCCGAUGCUGCUCAGCCUCGGAGUCGCCGGCAUCUCGUUCGCGGGCGCUGACGUGGGCGGAUUCUUUGGCAACCCGGAGCCCGACCUCCUCACCCGCUGGUACCAGGUCGGUGCGUACUACCCGUUCUUCCGCGGCCACGCGCACCUCGACACCAAGCGCCGCGAGCCGUGGCUCUUCGGCGAGCCGUACACGACGCUCAUCCGCGACGCGAUCCGGACGAGAUACGCCCUCCUGCCUUAUGUCUACACCGUCUUUUACGAGGCCCACAAGACGGGCCUGCCGGUGAUGCGGCCACUCUGGUUGGAGUACCCCGACGAGGCCUCCACGUGGGCGCUGGACGAAUCGUUCCUGCUCGGUUCGGACAUUCUCGUACACCCGGUUGUAACCAAGGACGCCUUUCAGGUGUCCGCAUUCUUCCCUGGCAAGGAGCCCUGGUAUGAAGUCCGUACGGGGGCCGCACACACCGGGGCGGCCGGGAAAGCAAUUACGUUGCCCGUCACCGGGUUGGAGAGCUUCCCCGCCUUCCAGAGGGGCGGGAGCAUCAUCGCCCGGAAAGACCGGCCACGGCGGAGCACCACGCAGAUGGCCAACGAUCCAUACACUCUGUACAUCGCUCUGAACUCAACUGGGGCCGCGGAGGGCCUCCUCUAUGUCGACGACGGGCGAAGCUUUGACUACGAAAAGGAAGCGUACGUCCUGCGGCGCUUCACGUUCCAGAACGGGCGGUUAGAGUGUUCCGACGCAGCCCCCACCGGGGAAAGCGCCAAAGGGUUCGCGCUUCCCAACAAGAUUGAGAAGAUUGUUGUGAUGGGCUUGCCAAAGAUUGCGGAGAAGAGCAGCACUUUCCGAGCAGUUCUUGGGGACACGGACGGAAAGAUCCAGCUGGAGAGUGCGGUCGAGCCGCCGGUGAUGGGCAGUGGGGGCGACGCAACGGCGUUGGUUAUCAAGCGGCCGUGGCUGUCGGUCGCGGAAGACUGGUCGGUCCAAAUUGUCAGCUCGUAGGUUGAGACCUAAACGGUGUGCUUUGAAUUUACUGCUCCUAGACUUAUUCUGAUCUGCUAGUGCUUUGGGACUCUCGUGCGAGUCGUCAAAGACACUGUUUGAUUCGACUGCUGGCCCUUGUGAUCAUGCUUUAAAUGGAAGUUCUCAGCAGACUGGUUUCGCUUAAUGUGUGAUUGUGACGCGUUUUGAUGGAA